CAACAACACCAAUCCAGCUAUCUCUGCAACACCAAUGAUUUCGCAGCUACCUUAACGCUCGUUCCGAAGUUCUCCUUCUUCCACCUUUCCUUGUUUUUCGCAUGUUGAGGACCGCAAAAUGGCAUCAGUGAAAGGCGCAGAAGUUGCAAAGCACAACACCAAGGACUCAUGCUGGAUAGUGCUGGAUUCGAAAGUUUACGAUGUGACAUCCUUUCUUUCCCGGCAUCCGGGGGGUGCGGCGAUAUUGUUGAAGCAGGGCGGGACUGACGCAACCAACGAAUUCAAAAAAUACCACCCUCUAACAUACGUCAACGACCUCCCUCCCAACAGUCUCCUCGGCCCCAUUGACCCCCACACGUUCGGCCAACUCCGUCAACCAAAGCCAGAAAAACCCACUCCGGCCGCUGAAGCCAACGCAGAAAAAGAAGUACCUCACGUCAGUCUCUGCAUCGCUACCACCGACUUUGAAACGGCGGCCAAGGCUGUCUUACCGCACAAGUCGUACGUCUACGCCUCGACUUCGGCGAACUACGGGCUGUCCCACAAGGGAAAUCUUGAAGACUGGAAUCGCAUUACUUUCCGUCCGCGCGUGAUGAGGGAUGUCGGGAAGGUGGACAUGAGACGCUCGAUUCUGGGUUAUAGCUCCAAGUACCCGUUUUAUAUUUCUCCCAUGGGAACGAUGGGUGCCCUGCAUCCAGGUGCCGAGCCGGAAAUGGUAAGGGGCGGAGUGCGAAAGGGCUGCCAUCUUGUCAUAAGUACGGCCAGCACGAAGCAGAAUGAAGCCAUUAUGGAGAGCUACGUAGCGGAGCAGCAUAGGCUGAAUGAUGCGAGCCCAUCGAAGCUCUUUUUCCAGUUCUACAUGCCCGCGGACCGGAACAGAGCUAUCGACCUGCUACAUCGGGUCAAGAGGGCUGGCUACAAAGCGCUGUGGAUUACGGUCGACACCCCCGUACUUGGUAAACGGACUGCGGACCGCGUGUUGCAGGCUGAGGAGGCUCUGGCUGUCGGGGUGGAGGAGGAGCCAACUGCGGCUUGGGAAGCUGGUCACGAGAAUCCACUGGUACCAUCAAUCGGGGGCCGCGUUGUAGGCGGUUUUCUCAGCCCGCACACCACGUGGGAGGAUCUUGCAUGGAUUAAGAAAGAAUGGAAGGGUCCCAUCGUCUUGAAGGGGAUUCAAUGUGCCGAGGACGCGAAGCUGGCUCUGGAAUACGGCUGUGCCGGCAUAUUGCUCAGCAACCACGGCGGACGACAGUUGCACAGCGCACCGAGCGCAUUGAUGACUCUGCUCGAGAUUCGAACAUAUUGUCCUGAGAUCAUCGGGAAGCUCGAGAUAUAUGUGGAUGGCGGAUUGCGCGAUGGAACAGAUGUCCUCAAAGCGCUAUGUCUCGGAGCGACAGCGGUGGGAGUUGGAAGACCGUUUCUGUAUGCGCUUGCUGCGUACGGGUCGAAGGGAGUGGAAAGAUGUGUUGACAUUCUUGCUGAUGAGCUCCAAAUCGGUAUGGGAUUGUUGGGCAUUACUUCUCUGGACCAGGUCCGACCUGAGAUGGUCAACGCCUCGAGGCUGCUGAACAGAAUGUGGAGACCGGAGGUUUCGGGACCAAAAAGUCGCCUGUGAUUCGAUCACUAGUCCACAUAAUCCUACCGUUGAAGCGAUGCUGCAUUACUACAUAUUCGAUGGUAGACGGAUAGGCAUCUCUAGCCCUGCUCUCGGCUAAACCUCUUGUGGCGUCAUGUCUUGUGCGGGUACCCGGACGCGCAGGGUCGUUCAAUCGGCGCAAAUAACGCGGCGCCAUUGGAUAUGAGCAAGAAAUGGAUUUACGCUAUCGGAAGAGAUAUAUGGAACGUG